CGGUCGUAAUAUUUAAAAUAACAGGCACGUACGGUGGCUAUUACUUCAGCAACUAAGUCGGUCAUAGAUCGGUGAACUACUAGGCUAGUCAUCAUGGAGAAUUUCACUUCCAAAUUGGAGAACAAGCUCACCGGGGGUGUACCCGGUGGGAUGAAGGGACUCAAAAAUUUCAUAUACGACAUCAGAGAAUGCAAGUCGAAGGAGGGUGAGAAAGCUCGUGUCAAUAAAGAACUGGCCAACAUAAGGAAGAACUUUAAAGGGGAGGGAAAAAGCAUUCUGAAGACCGAUAAACAAUUGGACGGGUACCAAAAGAAGAAAUAUGUGAGUAAACUGGUGUACAUCUACCUCCUGGGGUAUCCAGUUGACUUUGGCUACAUCGAAGCCGUGAGUCUGAUCUCUUCGUCGAAGUACUCGGAGAAGCACGUGGGCUAUCUCUUUGUAUCCGUGGUGCUGAAUGAAGAACACGAGUUGAUCCGGUUGCUGGUGCAAUCGAUGAAGAAGGAUCUCAUAGACUACAACGAGACCAAUGUGUGCCUGGCCUUGAAUUGCAUUGCGAACGUUGGGGGACCGGAAGUGGCGGAAUCGCUGGGUGAUGAUGUUUACAGACUGCUGACUGCCUCCGACAGUAAUGCAUUUGUGAAGAAGAAGGCGGCUCUAGCGUUGCUGCGUUUAUACCGCAAGUACCCACAAGUGUUGGAUGUGAAGCAGUGGAGUGGCCAGAUCAUUGCGCUGCUCAACGAGCGUGACUUGGGGGUGCUCACAUCGUCGCUCACGUUGGUCCAUGCGCUGGCGGCAGACGAAUACGAUACGUACGAGCCCUGCGUAGCUGUAGCUAUUCACCGACUCAAAAAUAUUAUCAUGGAAAGAGAGGACCUCAAUGGCUAUGUGUACUACAAAGUGCCAGCUCCUUGGAUCCAAGUUAAGAUCCUGCGAUUAAUCCAGACAUACCCCCCACCCACUGACGCUGCUGUCAAGGAAGAGCUCAGAUUCUGUCUAGAUCGCAUACUGGCCAAGAACGAUCUAGUUAAGAUUGUGCAGACCAACAACUGCCGCCAGAGUGUGCUGUUCGAGGCCAUGAACACAGUUAUCCACCUGCAGACUGAGGCGAAGCUCACAGAGAUGGCGGUGGAUAUCCUGGGCCGGUACAUGACUGUGCGUGAGACCAACACCCGCUACAUGGCUCUGGACAUCAUGUGCAAUCUGUGCUCGCUGGAGAUUGCGAAGAAGGGCAUCAUCAAGCACCAGCCCAACAUCAUACAGGCGCUCAAGUUCGAGCGGGAUAUCAGUGUACGACGGAGGGCCUUGGAUCUGCUAUUCAAGAUGUGUGGCCCAGAGAAUGCGGUCACCAUCAUCACCGCGCUUGUUGGCUUCCUAGAGCACGCAGAAUACAUCAUCCGCGAGGAAAUGGUGCUACGCAUUGCCAUUCUGGCUGAGACUGAGGCCCGAGACUAUUCGUUUUAUGUCGAUGUGAUCCUCAACCUAACCCGCGUCGCCGGCGACUAUGUCAGUCUGGAGGUCUGGCAACGAGUGAUCCAAAUCAUCACCAACCGUCAGGAUGUGCAGGAGUAUGCGUGCCGCGUUUGCUUCCAGGCUCUCAGUUCGCCGCCUGUGCACGAAACAAUGGUCAAAGUAGGCAGUUACCUACUGGGCGAGUUCGGCCAUCUGAUUGCGAAUACGCCUGCAUCAUCGCCGUGGAAUCAGUUCGAGACUCUAAAAACCCUAUAUUUGACCGUGUCUCCGGAAGCAAAGGCUAUACUUCUGUCUACCUUUGCCAAGUAUAUGAAUCUUUUCCCGGAGCUAAAACCUACGAUUACUCAGCUGUUCAAAUCGGAUCUGAUUUCCAAGAACCACAACCCGGAGCUGCAACAAAGGGCCAUAGAGUACCUAAUGCUGGGCACAAUUGUCAAUGAAGAUUUACUGCAAGCGGUGCUGGAGGAGAUGCCGCCGUAUCCCGAGCGAGACAGUACCAUUCUGGCCAAGCUGCACGCGAAGGAGAACUUUGUCACAGACAAAACAUGGGGCCAAUCGAAGGGUCGUAACGCUGCCAAGUCCACGGCACUGACAGUCACGGAUGCCAACGAUUCAGCAGUCACUACCAAUAAUAACCAACCCCAAAGCCAAAAUGCACCGCAAGUGGACCUAUUGAAUAUGGACGAUCCUACUGUUCCGGUAGCGCCGGGUGGAAUCGUGUUGGGCUUCGACGGUCCUGCACCUACUGCGCCGAGUGCAGGCUCUGAGCCCUACCUCAAAUCCGUUGUCAUGGCAACGGGGAGUAUUCUGUUUGAAGACAGUCGCAUUCGCAUCAUGGUUAAAGACGAAUACAAGACCAGCCAAGGCCGUCUGGCGCUGUACUACUUCAAUAAGACAUCCUCGACCUUUGUCAAUACGCGCACACGUGUUCAUUCGGAGGCCCCCGAGAGUUCUGGGCUGAGCGUUGAAGCCAAGCCCUGUCCUCCCGUGGUGGCACCAGGACAGCAAGUGUUCCAGGUCUUCCAAUUUCAAUGCACAAAUAUCUACAUGAAGCCACCGUUGAUGACACUCCUCUUCGAGGCCAAUGGUGCGCCACAGUCGCUAGUCAUCCGCUUGCCAGUAUACAUCGCGCAGUUCCUCAACCCGUUCAGCAUGGACAAGGCCCAGUUUGGCAGCAGGUGGCAAGCGCUGGGAGGACCUCAAUUAGAGGCACAGGUUGUUUUCUCGCCAACGGCUGGCCUUACCCCAGCCAUGUGCAAGCAACAACUGAGCACGCUUAAGCUCACUGUGCUGGACGGGGUAGAUCCAAACAACGACAAUAUAGUAGCCGCGGGUGUCAUUAUGAGCACUGUUGGCCAAGUGGGUGUUCUGGUGCGUUUGGAACCGAAUGCGCAAACACAGAAAUGGCGACUCACCUGUAGGGGAUCCAAACCUUUGUUUGCCGGCAGCUUAGCAGUUGUCUUGCAUAGCUUCUUAUAAUAAAUAAAAUGUGAAAUUGCAUCUUCGGACGCGGCGCCCGGG